ACACGCAGCAGCCUGCAGUUACACAGACGUGUGCAUCAAGUCUGCACAUGAACAUUUUGGAAUAUUUGCAAAAAGUUUUGACGAACACUAAAGUAUGCCAACUACCUAAAGCCUUUGAUCGUUUGUUAUUGAGGGUGCGCCGUGACGUUUGUUAUCAUGCGUAAGUUUCUCUUCAGGUCAAUGGAGUCCGUUUGUCUCUCUCUUCUGCUCCUCGCGCUGCGGGUCGUGUUUGCUCAGUUAGAAGAUGUGAUUAUUGAUCGAUACUCGAUACCGACGCACUGCUCCAGAGAGGUUCGUGUCGGUGAUUAUGUUCGCUAUCAUUAUAACGGCACGUUCACUGACGGACGCAAGUUUGACUCGAGUCUGGACAAAGGCUAUCCCAUAGUGGUCCAUGUGGGUGUGGAUUCUAAAGUCAUUCCUGGUUUGGAUAAAGGAGUGGAGGGAAUGUGUGUGAACGAGUGGAGAAAGAUCACUGUACCGUCUCACCUGGCUUACGGAGUUCUGGGAGCAGGUGAACUGAUCCCGCCCGACUCCACGCUGGUGUUUGAUGUUCAUCUGCUGGAUUUAUGGAAUAAAGCAGACACGGUUGAAAUAAGAGUACUGCACAGACCGCAGAAGUGUAAGAGAGCCGUGAUGGACUCAGAUUUCGUCCGAUAUCAUUAUAAUGGAUCUCUGCUAGUGGGAACCGUGUUUGGCUCCAGCCACGAUCUGAACUCAACAUAUGACACGUAUGUGGGGCAGGGCAGUCUCAUCAGGGGAGUGGAGCAGGGCAUUCUGGGAAUGUGUGUCGGGGAGAGGAGAUCCAUCAUUAUUCCACCGUUUUUGGCGUACGACAAGAACGGAUACGGAACCAAGAUUCCUCCGUAUGCCACAGUGAUGUUUGACGUGUUGCUGGUGGAUGUGUUUAAUGUGAAGGACGAUGUGAUGAUUGAAGUUGAAGAGAUUCCUCGGCCGUGCAGAAGAAGAGCAGCGCUGGGAGAUUUUAUCCGUUAUCAUUAUAACGGGUCAUUUCAGGACGGGACGCUCUUCGAUUCCAGUUAUUCUCAUAACGGCACGUUUGACACAUUUGUUGGCGUGGGUCGUGUGAUCGCUGGGAUGGAUAAAGCUCUGCUGGGUGUUUGUGUGGGCGAGAGGAGACGGGCGACUGUACCACCUCAUGUAGGAUAUGGAGAGGAUGGAUCAGGUGAAUUGAUUCCUGGAUCAGCCGUGCUCAUCUAUGACCUUCACAUCAUUGAUAUUCACAACCCUGAAGAUGGAGUGGACGUCAAAGUGACGUAUAAACCCUCCGCGUGUAACGUGACCAGUGAUGUGAAUGAUGUCAUCAUGUACAGAUAUAACUGCUCUCUACUGGACGGCACACGGCUCUACACAUCAGACGAUUACCCAGAAGCCCCUGGUGUGACGUUAGGACAGGGGAAGUUGAUCUCGGGUCUGGAUGAAGGUCUGAGGGGAAUGUGUGUGUCAGAGAAGAGAGAAAUCACUGUGCCACCUCACCUCGCUCACGGCUCGGCCGGAGCGUCUGGUGUUCCCGGCAGUGCUGUGUUACUGUUUGAGCUGGAGUUAGUGGACGUACAGAAGGGUGUUCCUGAGGGCUUUCUCUUCAUCUGGCUUCAGGACAGUCCUGAUCCGCUCUUUCCUGCCAUGGACAUGAAUCUUGAUCAACAGGUGUCACUGGAGGAGUUUGUGGUGUUCAUCGAGCGUCAGGUGGGUGAAGGCAGAGGUCGCAUUCGUCCUGGAACAGAUCGUGACGUGGUUAUAAAAGAGAUGUUCAAGAAUCAAGACCGCAACACAGACGGCAGAAUCACUGAAGAUGAACUGAACGUCACAGAAUCCAAACACGAUGAGCUCUAAACACGUCAACACAUGUCGAUGUUGUGAUCAGUCUGCCGUGCUGAUAAAAGAGUAACAGAUUUAGCCCAUGACUGCACUGAAAUAAAAAUGCAGUUUUACACAAUUACUUUGUUGUUACGUCAUCAGACACAGGUGUGGAUAUUCUUCACAUUCUGCAUGUUUGACCCUUUCAUAGAUGUCCUUCCGUAUGUAUGUAAGCAGGUCAUGUUUUUGUCCAUUAAAUACUAUUUAAUCAAAUAAUUCACGUCAUUGAUGGAUGGUUCUUAUGGUUCUGGUACCUAUUAUGGGUUGCAUGAACUAGUCUACAUUAAUGCUCUGGUGCGACAUUUAAAGCUUCAUGUUGAAUAAUCGCAGGUCACGUGACUUUUGUGACACUGUACCUUUAAAGGGGUCAUAUGGCGUGAAUGUGUUUUUCUGUGUCUUUGGUGUGUAAUAAGUUGCUCAUGCAUGUAUUAGACACAUAAAAUUGCAGAAAUGAAGGUGUGGGAACAAAAGAGUCAUUCUAUGUAAGAGCGAAGGCUCACCCAGACCUGCCUGAUACGCCUCGUGUAACCACACCCCCACAAAUCUACAUCAGUUGGUGGUCUGAUUUGAAUAAGACUGCCCAAAUUGUACUGUAACUUCAGCAGCUCCAGGCAAGUGAACAAAAGCAGCAAUCUCAUUGGUUGGCCAGUUUUUAACACGGGGUGUCAAACCAGAAAAAGACCCACAGGUGUGACACUUCUACGCCUUGCAUUGUGUGCGUUGGUGUGCACAGUCACCUUGGUGCCCUUUGCUAAGUCACGAGGUGUUAAACAUUAAUGUUAAACGCUCAAAAUUAUCCUUCCGCACGCAGAUCUUCUAAUAUUAUAGGCUAUUUUAUACUUGUUUCUAUAUAAUAAAACAUGAAAAAAAAAUGUUUCUCAUAUGUGGCUGUUGUGUUUAUGUUGUGUCUACGUUAGCUCAUCCUGUAAGACCAGAGUUGUGCCCAAUUUUGACCCCUGGCUGGAGACUACCCCCCCCCCUUCACUUGCACGAGCAAAACUAACGUCGUGUCUCCUUUGCAUGGCAGUUCACUCCGAUGAACUGUAGAUGGCAGCAUGAAAUUAUAAAUGUGAUUCUGUUAAUUGACACUUGUUAGACAAUAUUUUAACGUAAUCUCGUGUCA